AUGCGCAUUCGGGCACGCGAGCAGAAGGGCAAGCUGUCGUAUACGAUCACUUCUCGAUAUCCGCCCAUCACAGAAGCCUAUCCCCUCGAGACUCGAAUGAAAAUCAACAAGCCCGAAUGCGCCGCUGCUCUGCGUGGACUUCUAAUCCCCGUUGGGCUUGCGGGUGUCCUCCAUGGCUCGGUGGCGCAGCGAUGGACCAGGGCGCUCGACACCACUGGUUCAUCGUUAACCGGCAGCUCCACUUCGUGCUUCGCGCAAAAGAUGAGAUUCGCGCCAACAACCCGUCCCAAAAACCCGGAAACCUUCUUCCCCGACUACCAGCUGGCCGCGCAACGCUUGGCCGCCGCCCGACUGGCUUGCGACAACAUCAAGGAGACGCAGAUUAUGGAGGAGACCUUGGCCAUGGUAUUGUACAUGAAGCUGCAUUCGCUGUCAGCCCAUGAGGAGGCGGCGAUUCGGCGACUCUGGGAAACAUUGAGCCCAGCCACGCUCACCCAGCGCCCGGCGGCCGUCUUUACGGUCAUCAACAUGCCGUUCGUCGACGAGCCAGCCAUGAUGGAUACCCGUUUCGAGAGAGCGCUCGUCCACGCCCGAGAAGCCGCGGCAGCCCUCGACACUAAGGCUGCGAUCCAGACGAAUGAUAAACGCUUUAUGGCACGAUGUGCACUGUUACAGAGCCUCAACCGAUACAUCCGCGAACGUCGUCUGGGAUUGAUGACGGCGGUUCAGGAAGCAAAAGCUGAACUCGCCGCCGCCGAGGACUACUUCGAAAAAAUGGGAACAGAAGCGGACGCCAGCCGCCUCGACUAUGAAAAGUUCAUGGAUGAACUUCUCGCGGGUUGCAAGCGGGUGACCCAUACGAACGAGAACGAGCUGAGAGCAGUGAUGCCGCCACUUCCCGAGAUCCCAGUAUUAAACAAAUACACGAUCACAAGAUUCUUCCAGGACUACAAGGCGAUCAACUGGGCGGAGCCGGUCCCCGUUCGAGCUGCCCGCGCCGACGAAGAUGACACCGAAACGGCCCUGGUCCGGAGCCCAGCGGUGCAGCCCGAAAACGACGAAGAGCCCGAGGUGCCCCACCCGGACCCCAAC